AUGCCAAAGAAGAAUAACAAGAGCAAGGCGAAGAAGCAACCAAACCCACAGGCAGAGUCUCUGAACAACGAACCAGAACCGAUGCCAGCGUCAAGUACGAGUGGACCCAGCUCCCCCCAAACGGAAUCUACUUUACCCUCCCUUAAUGAAUCGCCCGAAGACGUUAUCGCUCGUGCGGAGAAGAUAAAGGAACAAGGCAACGAGGCUUUUAAGGCUAAAAAAUUCGACGACGCAGUCGGUCUUUACACUCAAGCAAUAGAAUUAAAUCCAACCGAGCCAUCCUAUCUUACCAAUCGUGCCGCUGCUCACAUGGGUCUCAAGCGAUUCCGUCUUGCGGUCGAGGAUUGCCAACAAGCAGCUACAAUACAAGCAGCAUCUCCCUCUGCAAAAACACUACUUCGAUUGGCCAGGUGUCAGUUCGCGCUCGGUGAAAUAAUACCGGCUUCCUCCACUCUCCGAAGUGUUUUAGCCAUCGAGCCCAAGAACGCCCCAGCACUACAACUCCAGAGCAAAAUCAACUUACUUGAAGGACAUCUCAAAACAUUCGAAGCCGCCAAAGCAAAACGCGAUUGGGCACACGCACGACUGGCUCUUGACAAGUGUUUGCAGGGUAUCGAGGGCGAGGGCGGCGAGAUACCGAUUGAUUGGCGGUUAUGGCGCAUCGAGCUUGAGUUGGCUCGGGGAAAUCUCGACUCAGCCAACUCUGCUGCAAAUGAUGCUUUACGGUUGAAUCCCAGCUCACCGGAUGUAUUGACUGCACGAGGCCUGGUGCUUUUCCUUAGUGGGAAGCUGCCUCAGGCUCUACAACAUUCACAAUCCGCUCUCCGCGGUGAUCCUGGUCAUGAGCCAGCCCAAAGACUGCGAAAACGAGUGAAGGAUGUUGAACGGCUCAAAGACGAGGGAAAUGCCGCAUUCAAAACCGGUAGAUUAGAGGAGGCAGUGGGAAAGUAUGGAGAGGCACUGGAGCGUGUCGGAGAAGCCGAAGAGGAGUCCAAAGGUGGUCAAAUACGGGCAACACUGUUGUCGAAUCGAGCCACCGCGCUCCUUAAACUCAAUCGACAUGAAGAGGCGUUGGCCGAUACGAAUAUUUCGCUCGAGCUUGUUUCAACGUCAUUUAAGGCUUUGCGAACACGGGCUCGGAUACAUCUACACUUGGAACAAUACGACCGGUGUGUAGGAGACUUCAAAGCUGCUAUCCAGCAAGCGGGAAUGGAUGGGAGUGCGGGAGAGGCGGAUGUCAAAGCACUGAGAUCCGAAUUAAAGAAAGCAGAGGCAGCAUUGAAGCGCAGCAAAACCAAAGACUACUAUAAGAUCCUCGGCGUUCCCCGAGAUUGCAGCGAGGCGGACAUCAAAAAGGCAUAUAGGCGCGAGAGUUUGAAGCACCACCCAGACAAGGACAAGGGUGGCGACGAAGAAAAGUUCAAGCUAGUAGUCGAGGCUAAUGCAGUGCUCUCUGAUCGUGACCGAAGAGAGCGAUACGAUAAUGGAGAAGACGAGGAUGGGAUGGCUGAUGGGAUGAAUGGCAUGAACGGGAUGGAUCUGUCAGAGUUGUUUGCGCAGUUUCAUGGUGGCGGUGGUUUUGGUGGCGGCGGGUUCCGUGCCGGUGGGUUUGGUGGAUUCCCUGGUGGGCCGAGGGGCCACACGCACUCAUCUUUUGGAUUCUAG